AAUCCCGGUUGCACAAAAAAAUUAUUGAAUUUCAAUUCAAAGUCCAGAAGGAGUUUUAGAGGAUUCAAAAAGGUCCGUUGAGCGCCUAUAUCUUAUGUCAUAAUAGAUUCGAACACUUGCCCCGGAUUAACUUCCGGAUCAUAAUUGUUCUAGUGAAUAACUAAAGAAAAAAAUUGGAAUAGAUAGAUGGGAGAUAGAAUAGAAAGAAACUCAAUAUAAAAAUCUCUCAAAAGUUCACUAAUCUUUUUUUUUUAUAUUGGCAGGUCUCUUUGUAUGUGUUGUCCGGAAGGAGGAGGACUCAAUGAUUAUUCGUUCGCCGGAACCAGAAGUAAAGAUUUUGGUAGAUAGAGAUCCCAUAAAAACUUCUUUCGAGGAAUGGGCAAAACCCGGUCAUUUCUCAAGAACAAUAGCUAAGGGACCCGAUACUACUACUUGGAUUUGGAACCUACAUGCUGAUGCUCAUGAUUUCGAUAGCCAUACUAGUGAUUUAGAGGAGAUUUCCCGAAAAGUAUUUAGUGCCCAUUUCGGCCAACUCUCCAUCAUCUUUCUUUGGCUUAGUGGCAUGUAUUUCCAUGGUGCUCGUUUUUCCAAUUAUGAAGCAUGGCUAAGUGAUCCAACUCACAUUGGACCUAGUGCCCAAGUGGUUUGGCCAAUAGUGGGCCAAGAAAUAUUAAAUGGUGAUGUUGGCGGGGGUUUCCGAGGAAUACAAAUAACCUCCGGUUUUUUCCAGAUUUGGCGAGCAUCUGGAAUAACUAGUGAAUUACAACUUUAUUGCACCGCAAUUGGUGCAUUAGUAUUUGCAGCCUUAAUGCUUUUUGCUGGUUGGUUUCAUUAUCACAAAGCUGCUCCAAAAUUGGCUUGGUUCCAAGAUGUAGAAUCUAUGUUGAAUCACCAUUUGGCAGGAUUACUAGGACUUGGAUCUCUUUCUUGGGCCGGGCAUCAAGUACAUGUAUCUUUACCAAUUAACCAAUUUUUAAAUGCUGGAGUAGAUCCAAAGGAGAUUCCACUUCCUCAUGAAUUUAUCUUGAAUCGGGAUCUUUUGGCUCAACUUUAUCCCAGUUUUGCCGAGGGAGCAACUCCAUUUUUCACCUUGAAUUGGUCAAAAUACGCGGAUUUUCUUACUUUUCGUGGAGGAUUAGAUCCAGUAACUGGCGGUUUAUGGCUGACUGAUAUUGCGCACCAUCAUUUAGCUAUUGCGAUUCUUUUCCUGAUAGCUGGUCACAUGUAUAGAACCAACUGGGGGAUUGGUCAUGGUAUAAAAGAGAUCUUAGAGGCCCAUAAGGGUCCAUUUACAGGCCAGGGUCAUAAAGGUCUAUAUGAGAUCCUAACAACUUCAUGGCAUGCUCAAUUAUCUAUUAACUUAGCUAUGUUAGGCUCUUUGACUAUUGUUGUAGCUCACCAUAUGUAUUCUAUGCCUCCUUAUCCAUACCUAGCUACCGACUAUGGGACCCAACUAUCAUUGUUCACACAUCACAUGUGGAUUGGUGGAUUUCUCAUAGUUGGUGCUGCUGCGCACGCAGCCAUUUUUAUGGUAAGAGACUAUGAUCCAACUACUCGAUACAACGAUCUAUUAGAUCGUGUCCUUAGGCAUCGCGAUGCAAUCAUAUCACAUCUAAACUGGGUAUGCAUAUUUUUAGGCUUUCACAGUUUUGGUUUGUAUAUUCAUAAUGAUACCAUGAGCGCUUUAGGGCGCCCCCAAGAUAUGUUUUCAGAUACCGCUAUACAAUUACAACCCGUCUUUGCUCAAUGGAUACAAAAUACCCACGCUUUAGCACCGAACACAACGGCUCCUGGUGCAACAACAAGCACCAGUUUGACUUGGGGCGGUGGUGAUUUAGUGGCAGUGGGGGGCAAGGUUGCUUUGUUACCUAUUCCAUUAGGAACUGCAGAUUUUUUGGUCCAUCACAUUCAUGCAUUUACAAUUCAUGUAACGGUAUUGAUACUCCUAAAGGGUGUUCUAUUUGCUCGUAGCUCGCGAUUAAUACCGGAUAAAGCAAAUCUCGGUUUUCGUUUCCCUUGUGAUGGACCCGGAAGAGGAGGGACAUGCCAAGUAUCCGCUUGGGAUCAUGUCUUCUUGGGGCUAUUCUGGAUGUACAAUGCAAUUUCAGUAGUCAUAUUCCAUUUCAGUUGGAAAAUGCAGUCAGAUGUUUGGGGUACUAUAAGCGAUCAAGGGGUAGUUACUCAUAUCACAGGAGGAAACUUUGCGCAGAGUUCCAUUACCAUUAAUGGGUGGCUCCGCGAUUUCUUAUGGGCGCAAGCCUCCCAGGUAAUUCAGUCUUAUGGUUCUUCAUUAUCUGCAUAUGGUCUCUUUUUCUUGGGUGCCCAUUUUGUAUGGGCUUUUAGUUUAAUGUUUCUAUUCAGCGGGCGUGGUUAUUGGCAAGAACUUAUUGAAUCCAUCGUUUGGGCUCAUAAUAAAUUAAAAGUUGCUCCUGCUACUCAGCCUAGAGCCUUGAGUAUUGUACAGGGACGUGCUGUAGGAGUAACCCAUUACCUUCUGGGUGGAAUUGCCACAACAUGGGCAUUCUUCUUAGCAAGAAUUAUUGCAGUAGGAUAAUGGCUAGGAGGAUUUGAAAAGCAUUAUGGCAUUAAGAUUUCCAAGGUUUAGCCAAGGUUUAGCUCAGGACCCCACUACUCGUCGUAUUUGGUUUGGUAUUGCUACCGCACAUGACUUCGAGAGUCAUGAUGAUAUUACUGAGGAACGUCUUUAUCAAAAUAUUUUUGCUUCGCAUUUCGGACAAUUAGCAAUAAUUUUUCUGUGGACUUCCGGGAAUCUGUUUCAUGUAGCUUGGCAGGGAAAUUUUGAGACA